ACUCAGGAGAAUCUGUUGAGGCAGGUCACUCUCUGGGUCCUGCCCUUGACUUUUCUCAUUGUGAAAACUGUCAGACAGCCUGAGGGCAUGGCUUCAAAUGGAGCAUGCCCAGUGCUGGAACCGGGUGUGACUGAGAACCCCGGGGCCAUGCCAGUAUCCACGGCUCUGUUCACCACACCUCCUCCUGGCCCAGCACACGGGCCACCCCUCGUGACUGCAGUGGUUCCUCCAGGCGGCCCUCCACUGCUGUCUGCCUUCCCCGGGACCCCCCUGGUGGCAGGACAGGAUGGCCGCGCCCCAAACUGGACUGGGGCUUCUGACAUCUUUGGCCAGAUGAUGACAGAAAUGGGGUCUGUGAAGGUCCCUCAGGCACAGACCUCGGUCCUAACUCAGGCCCCCCUUGUCUGGCAGGCUCCAGGUGCCGUCUGUGAGGGCGUCGCAUGUCCACCUCCACGACCCCUGGCAGCUGCCCCUGUGGUGCCCGCUAUGGCUGCUCACAUCCUUGGGGGCACCCAGGCCUGCGAGGGAGGCUGGUCCCAGGGCCUUCCUCCUCCAGCACCACCACCGGCUCCUCAGCUGGCCCCCAUCAUGGACCCAGGGAAUGCUUGUCCAUGGCCACAAGGGGCUCAUGGAGAGGGAGGCCAGGCUUCCACCCAGGCCAAGGCCCAACCUGACGAUUCCUGCAACCCCAAGAGCGUGUAUGAGAACUUCCGACUCUGGCAGCACUACAAGCCCCUGGCCCAGAGGCACCUUCCCCAGAGUCCGGACAUGGAAGCGCUUUCCUGUUUCUUCAUCCCAGUUCUCAGAGACCUGGCCCGGCAGAAGCCCAGCAUGACCCUGGAGGAGGGACUGUGGCGGGCCACGCAGGAAUGGCAGCACACGAGCAACUUUGACCGGAUGAUCUACUAUGAGAUGGCAGCAAAGUUCCUGGAGUUUGAGGCUGAGGAGGAGAUGCAGAUUCAGAACUCGAAGUGGAUGAAGGGGCCCCAGUGCCUGCCUCCUCCAGCCCUACGGAGGCUUGAACCUCGGGGACUGUCAGCCCUUGACGUGGUCAAGGAGCCAGUGUACCUUCCCAGCAAGGCCGGUCCCAAGGCCCCGCCUGCCUGCCUGCCACCACCCAGGCCCCAGCAGCCAGCGGAGACCAAGGCCCACCUGCCACCACCCAGGCCCCAGCCGCCAGUGGAGACCGAGGCCCCCGAGGAGAUACCCCCUGAAGUGGUGCAGGAGUAUGUGGACAUCAUGGAGGAGCUGCUGGGGCCUCCCAUUGGGGCCACGGGGGAGCUCAAGGGACAACAGGAAGAGGGCGAAGUGGAGAAGGAAGAGGACGGGAUGCUUCUAGACCCAGGCAUCCUGAGCUACGUCGACAAUCUGUGUUCCCAGAAAGACUUCGUCACCAAGGUGGAGGCCGUCAUUCAUCCCCGAUUCCUGGAAGAAUUGCUUUCCCCAGAUCCACAGAUGGAUUUCUUGGCCCUAAGCCAGGAGCUGGAGCAGGAGGAAGGACUCACCCUUGCCCAGGUAGCAGAGAAGCGCCUCCAAUCCUUGGAGGAGGAAUGGCUUGAGAGGGCAGCUCCUAGUCACAGUGCCACCCAGCUGGACUCAAUCUCUUCUAAGCCUGCAGCGGGCCAAGGAGCAGAGAGAGAUGUCCCUGGCCCCCAACAAGGGGUCAGCAUGGAAACCUGCGCACCCCAGACAGCUGCCCGGGACCCUCAGGGGCAAGGCACAGUGUGCACUCAGAUGGCCAGGUCCAAAAACCCUGUUGUGCUUCUGGAGAGGCUGGAUUCUCGCACGCUGAGGGCUGCCCGGCCAAACUCUCCUCCCCAGGAUCACAGACCCACCCCCAAGACGGCUUCCCUGGACCCUCAGGGACGAGGCAGGGUGCACACGGGGAUGGCCAGGUCCAUAAACCCUGUUGUGCUCCUGGAGAGGCUGGAUUCCCGCUGGCUGAGGGCUGCCCGGCCAGACUCUCCUCCCCAGGACCAGAGACCCACCUGCCCAGGUGUGGGGACCCAUAACACCUGGGGUCUCCCUGGAGCCUCUCCCGUCAAGGAGUCAUGCAGGCUGUCUAAGGGGUCAGGUGAGGAGGAGAGGGAAAUCCCUGGUAUGGUUUCUGUCGUGGGUACAAACUACAGGCUGCGGCCCUGGAAGCUGUCCCAGAGCCCUGUCCCACCCCAAGCACCCGCUCCCACCACCAAGUCCAAGAAGCGAGCUCUCUCCAGAGGCCCAUCCCCUGCUGUUCAGACGCCCCACCUAAGGCCUGGGCUCAGAGUCUCUGGGGCACAGUCCCUGGCUUGGGGGCUGGGUAACCCCUCACAGUCUCGAAAGAGAAAGGGUGACCUCCUGCUCUCUAACAGGAAGAAAAAGCAGCAUCGUAGCCAGUACAGAGACAGGGCAGGCUCGCUGGUGCCAAUCCCCAAUGGUGGGGCUCUCAACUCUCGGACCCUCAGGGCAUCAGGUGCCUCAAAGCAGACUUCUCCCCCAGUGCUGACCUUACUGGGCCUUAGCUUGAUGGGGGAGGGUGGGAAAGGGAAGGGUGGCAGGGAGUGGGGAGCAAUACCUUGGGGGUCUCGUGUGUAAAUCUGAAUAAACAUAGUUGUGUUGGAAUCGC